AUGGUUUCGGUUAUCGACAAGCUGGUUUUUGACUUUGGUGGGAAAACAUUGGUCUCUCUCGCACCAGAUAACAAUACUUUGUGUGUAGCCAAUAAAAAUGGCCUAACCAAGAUCCUGAAGACAAAUAACCCAGAAGAAGAGCCAGAGACUCUAGAUUCUUCCAAAUUGGUAUCCUCUGUCAGAUGCUACUCGAGCUCUUAUUUUCUGAUGACUACAAUGCAAGGUGAUGCUUUAAAGUACAACAUCGAUUCUAGUCAAGAAGAACUAUUGGCCAGGUUUGCUUUACCCCUACGUGACUGCUGUGUAAUCCAUUCAGGUAAAAUGGCCGUAUUCGGAGGAGACGAUUUAGAAUUAAUCCUUUUAGAACUGGACGACGAUACGCACAAAAAGCAUGCUAUUAAAAUCGAUGAACAAAUUUCUCAAAUUUCUUACAAUUCACAAAUGAAUAUUCUAGCAGUUUCAAUGAUAAAUGGUAAAGUUCAAAUUUUUUCCCUAACAUCCACUAUUCCAAAUAAAGUUUAUGAGUUAAAUGAUUACAUAGUGGCCAAUUCAUACGAUGAUACACACAGAGAUAAGAUACUCUCGAAUAUGAUGGAUGAUAUUGAUAAAGACGGUGAUAAUGACCUGGAGGGGGCAGUUGAUUCCGAUGAGAACAAUGUCACUGAUCCGGAAUUCUGUGUUGCUAAUAGAAUUUGCACGAGAGUGGCUUGGCAUCCAAAGGGUCUGCAUUUUGCGUUACCAUGUUCUGAUGAUACGGUGAAAAUAUUCUCCAUAAAGGGGUAUUCUUUGCAAAAGACAUUGUCGACAAAUCACUCUUCAAAGACUCAUUUUAUCGACUUGCAAUUUGACCCGUUACGCGGAACUUAUAUUGCGGCAGUGGACUUAAAUAAUAAACUAACUGUAUGGAAUUGGGAAACUUCCGAAAUUCACUACGCAAAGGAAUUUAAACGAAAGAUUACUAAUUUUACCUGGAAAAUUCAAACAGACUCAAAGACACUAGAUCUUGUUUUAGGCACCUGGUCUGGUAGCAUAACCAUCGUCCAAAAUUUAGCAGAGUCCUUCGUAUCCAAUAUACCUGACCAAUCUAUUGCCGAAUCUUCAACUAAACAGGGGCUUUUUGUGGACUCUGAUUCUGACUUGGAAAACUUAGAAGGAAAUGGUGAUAUAGAUAAAAGCGACAAGCUGUUUUCAGAUAUCACCCAAGAAGCAAAUGCAGAAGAUGUGUUCACCCAAACACACGAUGGUCCUAGUGCAUCAAAUGAAAAGAGAAAAUACAAUUUUGAAGAUGAAGAAGACUUUAUUGAUGACGAUGAUGGCGCCGGUUAUAUUAGCGGCAAGAAACCACAUAAUGAACAUUCUUACCCCAGAACACACAACACUCGUUCGUUUCCAAUCAGUUCGGCAAACACAGCAAAAUUUCGUUAUAUGCCGUUUUCUCCAGCGGGAACACCCUUUGGCUUUACCGACAGACGUUACUUGACAAUGAACGAGGUGGGCUAUGUAUCUACUGUCAAGAAUAGUGAGCAAUACAGCAUAACGGUCUCCUUCUUCGACGUUGGUCGUUUCCGAGAAUACCACUUUGAGGACUUGUUUGGCUACGACUUAUGUUUCCUAAAUGAAAAAGGCACUUUAUUUGGUCAAUCCAAGACUGGGCAGAUACAAUACAGGCCACACGAUAGCAUACAUUCAAAUUGGACCAAAAUUAUUCCUUUACAAACUGGUGAGAGAAUAACUAGUGUGGCAGCUACCCCGGUUUGCGUUAUUGUUGGUUCCUCUCUAGGCUAUUUUAGAAGUUUCAAUCAAUUCGGGGUUCCGUUUACUGUUGAAAAGACAUCCCCAAUUGUAGCACUUACUGCUCAGAAUUAUAGAGUUUUUUCAGUACAUUAUUCCCAGUUUCACGGUAUUUCAUAUUCUUUAUUUGAACUGGGCCCUUCUAACAAAAGGUACUAUAAAAGAGAGCAUCCACUUCCAAUUAGCUUACCUAACAUUAAUUCCGAUAUGAAAAAAGAAGCUAAUUUUGACUACUACAAUUUUAAUCCGAUGGGCAUAAAAAGUCUGUUCUUUUCAAGCUAUGGUGAUCCUUGCAUUUUUGGGUCUGACAACACACUUCUAUUGUUAUCAAAGUGGAGAUCACCUGAAGAAAGCAGAUGGCUUCCUAUUCUUGAUAGCAAUAUGGAAAUAUGGAAGAUGUCAGGAGGGAAGGAAACGACCGAUAUACAUGUUUGGCCCCUCGCUUUGACAUACGACACGUUGAGCUGUAUCCUAGUCAAGGGAAAGCAUAUAUGGCCCGAAUUUCCCCUUCCGUUGCCAUCUGAAAUGGAGAUUAGAAUGCCAGUUUUUGUUAAAAGUAAACUACUAGAGGAAAUGAAAGCCAUAUCAAAUAAAAAGAACGAACUUGGAGUUGAUAUCGAAGAGGAUGAAGGGGAAGACGAUAAAGAAAUACAAGUUCCUAUUUCAAUGGCAGCGGAAGAAGAGUAUCUGCGUAGCAAAGUUUUAUCAGAAUUGCUGACAGAUACGCUGGAAAAUGAUGGUGAAAUGUACGGAAACGAAAAUGAGGUGUUGGCAGCACUGAACGGAGCAUACGAUAAGGCUCUGUUACGUUUGUUUGCAUCUGCAUGCUCAGAUCAGAAUGUUGAAAAGGCUCUUUCGCUUGCUCAUGAAUUGAAACAAGAUAGAGCACUUAAUGCUGCCGUUAAGAUAUCAGAAAGAGCUGAACUGUCCUCUCUUGUUAAAAGAAUUAAUGAUAUAAGAGAAGCCAGAUAUGAACAGCAAUUGAAAUAG